AUGCCCUACUCCAGCCUGCAUCCAUCCAUCCCACGGCACAGGGGUCAUGGCAUCCAGAAAGCAGCCUUGGUCCUGCUGAGUGUCUGCCUAGUGGCCCUUUGGGGGCUAGGGGAUCCACCAGACCAUACUCUCCACUGGCUGGCGUUCCACCUAGCCUCCCUGCAGCUGGCGCUAUUGGUAAAGGGGGUCUGCAGUCUGGCUGAGGAGCUGUGUCACAUCCACUCCAGGUACCAGGGCAGCUACUGGAAGGCUGUGCGGGCCUGCAUGGGCUGCCCUAUCCGCCGUGGAACCCUGCUGCUGCUGUCCUGCUAUUUCUACUUCUUCCUCCCAAACAUGGCUGACCUGCCCCUCACUUGGAUGCUUGCCCUCCUCGGUCUCUUGCAGGCAAUGAACAUCCUCCUGAGCCUCCAGGGCCUGACACCAGCUGAGAUCUCUGCAGUCUGUGAAAAAAGGAAUUUCAACGUGGCCCACGGGCUGGCAUGGUCAUACUACAUCGGGUACCUUCGGUUGAUCCUGCCAGGGCUCCAGGCUCGAAUCCAAAUCUAUAAUCUGCGCCACAACAACACGCUACAGAGCAUAGGGAGCCGGCGGCUACACAUCCUCUUCCCGUUGGACUGUGGGGUGCCUGAUGACCUGACAGUGGCUGACCCCAACAUUCGUUUCCUACAUGAGCUGCCCCAGCAGAGUGCUGACCGUGCUGGUAUCAAGGGUCGGGUCUACACCAACAGUGUUUACGAGCUCCUGGAGAAUGGACAGCGGGCAGGCAUCUGUGCCCUGGAGUAUGCCACCCCCUUGCAGACCCUGUUUGCCAUGUCACAGGAUGGCCGAGCUGGCUUUAGCCGGGAGGAUCGGCUUGAGCAGGCCAAACUCUUCUGCCGGACACUUGAGGACAUUCUGAAAGAUGCCCCUGAGUCUCAGAACAACUGCCGUCUCAUUGUUUACCAGGAAUCUGCAGAGGGAAGCAGCUUUUCACUGUCCCAGGAAAUUCUCCGGCACCUGCGGCAGGAGGAAAGGGAGGAGGUUACUGUGAACAAUGUGGGGACCUCAGUGGUGCCCAGCAUCUCCUCACCCAGUACUUCCUCCAUAUCCCAAGAGCCCAAGUUUCUCAUCAGUGGCCUGGAACAACCUCUCCCACUCCGCACAGAUGUCUUCUGA